CCCCCCCCUCCCCCACCCCAAGGUGAUCUCAUCUACAUCAAUAUUAUAAAAAAUCCCCUCUUCCAUUUUAUCUGUCUAAAAUUCUUGUUAAUAUAAACUCUUCUUAAAGAAUCUUGAAACCUUAAAACCAAAAAAAGGAAAAGAGUUCCAAGAAAAUGGUGAACAUUAAAGGAGGAACAAGACCACCAUGGGUAGGAUUAGGAGCUGCAGUUUGGUUACAAAUAGCUUCUGGGAAUGCAUAUAAUUUCCCCCUUUAUUCUCAUUCAUUAAAAUCAGUUCUUGGUUUUAAUCAACAGCAGCUUACUAUGCUUGGAGUUGCAAAUGAUAUAGGAGAAAAUGUUGGACUUAUUCCUGGACUUGUUUGUAAUAAGUUCCCACCUUGGGUUGUUCUUUUGAUUGGUUCUUUUGCCUGUUUCUUUGGUUAUGGUGUUCUUUGGCUUUCACUUAGUCAAACUGUUCAGAACUUGCCUUAUUGGCUGUUGUGGAUUGCACUUUGUGUGGCCACGAAUAGCAGUGCUUGGUUCAGCACAACUGUGCUUGUGACUAAUAUGAGAAACUUUCCUCUAAGCCGGGGCACUGUUGCUGGUGUUCUUAAAGGUUACGGAGGGCUCAGCGCUGCAGUGUAUACAGAAGUCUACAGUGCAUUGCUUCGCAAUUCUUCUUCUAAGCUCUUACUCUUCCUUGCACUAGGGGUUCCUACAUUAAGUUUAUUGAUGAUGUACUUUAUUAGGCCUUGUACUCCAUCGUUAGGCGAUGAUUCUGCAGAGUCAUACCACUUUUUGUUUGUUCAAGUAGCUAGUAUUGUGCUGGGUGUCUAUGUAUUAACAACAACAAUUUUGGAAGACAUACUUUCUUUAAAUGUCCUUGUUUCUUAUACUUUUCUCGUUAUCAUGGUGCUCCUUCUAAUGGCUCCACUAGCCAUUCCUUUGAAGAUGACCUUUUAUCCCUCAAACCGCGGCAAGCUGACCGAUGUAUCAGACCAAGACAAUGUCAGUGCAGAUAAAUCACAACCCUUGUUAACACCAUCAUCGUCAUCAGCAAACCUAGGAAGCUUUAACGAGGGAGACGAAAUCUCCGAAGUGGAUAUGCUUCUGGCUGAAGGGGAAGGUGCGGUGAAGAAAAAGAGGAGGCCAAGAAGAGGCGAAGAUUUCAAGUUCAAAGAAGCUUUGGUCAAGGCAGAUUUCUGGCUUUUGUUUUUGGUUUACUUUUUCGGUGUGGGUUCUGGAGUUACCGUUCUCAAUAAUCUAGCACAGAUUGGAAUAGCUCAAGGUCUUCAUGAUACAAAGAUUCUGUUAUCGCUCUUCAGUUUCUGCAACUUCGUGGGUCGUCUUGGUGGAGGAGUUGUAUCAGAAUAUUUUGUCAGGUUAAAAGCAGUACCUAGAACAGUUUGGAUGACAUGCACACAAGUAGUAAUGAUCAUUACCUACCUUCUGUUUGCGUCUGCACUUAAUGGUACCUUGUAUGCAGCGACAGCGUUACUAGGAGUCUGCUACGGUGUUCAAUUUACAACGAUGGUCCCAACAGCUUCUGAGCUGUUUGGUCUCAAGCAUUUCGGUAUGAUUUUCAAUUUCAUGUCACUGGGGAAUCCUUUAGGUGCUUAUCUAUUCUCCGGUCUUCUUGCCGGAUUUCUCUACGAUAACGAGGCAGCAAAGCAGCAUUCUGCUACUUGCUUGGGUCCUAAUUGCUUUAGAGUCACCUUCCUGAUUCUCGCUGGAGUAUGUGGUAUUGGCACCAUGCUUAGUAUUGUUCUUACCAUGAGAAUAAAACCUGUUUACCAAAUGCUUUAUGCUGGAGGAUCCUUUCGGCUACCUCAAAAUUCAAAUCAUUGAGGUAUCUUGAAAAAGUAUGACCAAUUUCAUGUGCUAAUAUUCUAAAGGAGAGCACAUUGAUCAGUAAGUCAUUGCCUGUGAGUUCAAAUUUCAGAUAGUAUCGACCUGUUUCAGUUUUUGAAAUGAUAUGUUUGAUAAUUGUUAUGAUCUGUAUGAUAUAUUUGAGAAUCUUAGCUUUUGUUAGGUUGUGUCGACAAUGAAGCAUAUCGUGCAAUAGAUGCUUAAACUACUGAAUGUAACUAGUUACUGAGCUGUAACACUUGAUACAUCGAGCUAUAGUAUGAAAUAGUGUCCUCUCAUCUACUUUGUAUCCACACCAUACCCAAAUGGUUAUACUAUCUUUAUAGUAUUAUGAGCAUGUCUUCUUAGAUAAUG